GAGUCUCCAAAGAGAAGCAGCAGAGUUUUCAGGGCAGACGAGUAGCAGGGCGACAAUGGAAGGACACCAAAAAACUCAACAAAGUGAUGGUUUUGGGCCGUUCGCACACCGGGUCAAAACUCCCUCAGGGACCGGUCGGCUGCUGAGAUAUGGAGCUGUAGCUCUUUCCGUCGGUGCCGUGUUGAUGCUCUGCGCCUCCAUGACCGCCCUCCUUCUGAGGAAGGAUAACGAGAGGAAUGUGUACAGCGCUCAUUACAGCAUGAACAUUAACGGUGAGGUGAGGGAGGGCUCCGUGGAAAUCGAUUCUGCCGACAACGUGGAGAGGUUCAAAACGGGCAGUGGAGAUGAGGAGGUCGUGGAGAUACGGGACUUUCAAAGUGGAAUAACCGCAAUCCGAUUCUUCGGGGGAGACAAAUGUUACAUAAAAUCCCAAAUCAAAGGCAACCUUCCUCGCCUGGGAGCUCACAACAAAGACUCACUGAUGUCUGACCCGACUGAUGAAGAAAUGCCAGUGAGGUUUGAUGCAGAGUUGCUCAUCUGGGUUUCUUCAGAGCAGCCGCUGAAGGACAUCGCUUUCUUGAGCACCAAGAUUCUGGCUCUGUGCGGAGAGCUACCUAUUUACUGGCUCCAACCACUUAGUCCCAAAGAUGGGGUGAGGAGGAAGAGGAGGAGGAGGGACUCACAGCGGGCCAAGCGGCAGUCCCGUGAGGAGUUGGUGGAGGUGACGGGAAAGGAGGACUCCUCCAGAAUGGGGGAACAUGGAGGAGAGGAGGGGCUUCAGUCGGAUGUGGGAUCAGGAUUCAACCCUGAUAAUCCGUAUCAUCGCGGCGAAGACACCGGGACGGUGGCUGGUGCCGGCGAGGGAGGCGCCAUGACCUUUGACUCCAUGCUGGACCACCAGGGCAUCUGCUGCGCCGAAUGCCAACGCGGCUACACACACUGUCAAAGAAUAUGCGAGCCUCUACGCGGCCACUGGCCCUGGCCAUACAACUACCGAGGAUGCCGGGUAGCUUGCAGAGUCAUUAUGCCCUGUCGUUGGUGGAUGGCACGCAUCUUAGGCAUCGUGUAGGCACGCACGCAAUGCACCCAAGACCCAAAAGGUCUCUAAACUUUGUGCAUGUGUGCAGCUACAUUUUCUUUUUCAGUUAGACUCGCAGAGAACUUCUUGCAAGCGGGACAUGCAAACAACGUGAAUGCUGAGAAACAAUUUGUAUCUUAGUGAAUAAAGAAUAAACACUU